CUUUAUCUCUGCAUUUAUUCCACUGUAUAUUUUGAUCCCUGCAUGUAUUGAUGCCAACAUGUAAAUUUCCCCACACAGAGGUCAAAGGUCAGGGUGAUGCUGACACUCCUGCACUGGGUAGGUUUAAUGGAGUGAGUUGGACUGAUCUACAUUUUGCCGACAGAGUGAGGAGGAUGCUGAGCAGAACAGAACACAGAGGCGUGUGCAGGCUGCUAUCAUCAGUGAUGUCUGGAACAGAGUCUCAUACAGACAGAGAGGAGGACUACAGGUUCCUCCACAGCAUGCUGAUGGAGAAGAAGCUCCACCUGCUCUUUAAGAUCCACGAACGGCUGAAGCGUUUUGAGAAGCGGAGCCCAAUCCCCGUCCAAGAGCACGCAGCAAGUCUGGCCUCAGAUUUGGCAAAGGAGCUGAUAUACCAAGGCUGGAGAGAGGAAGUCAAAGAACUGGUUGCCCUCUUUUCUAAACCAAACUUUAAGAGUCUGCUGUCUGUCCAUGACGCUGUGGCACAGAGGGACUUUGAGCCGACUCUGCCACCAUUACCUGACGAUGUGCUGGAGGAGGAUGAGGACGCAGUCAAAAUUGUCAGUCUGGUCAAAACCAAAGAUCCCCUGGGGGCCACAAUUAAGAGGGAUAAAUCCUCCGGGGCCAUUGUUGUGGCAAGGAUCAUGAGAGGAGGUGCAGCCGAUAAAAGCGGCCUGAUCCAUGAAGGGGAUGAGCUGAAAGAGGUGAAUGGAGUCUCUCUGGAGCGCAGGAAGCCAAAGGAAAUCCUUCCUCUUCUGGCUCGUGCUCAGGGCGAGGUUAAAUUCAAGAUCAUUCCUGCCUCCUCCAAGGAAGAAAUGUCCUCAAAUAAGAAGCUGUUUAUGCGAGCUCUUUUUGACUACGAUCCCGCCGAGGAUCCCACCGUCCCGUGCAAGGAUGCAGCAGUGGCCUUUAAAAGGGGCGACGUCCUCCAGAUUGUCAGCAUGGAGGACGACACCUGGUGGCAGGCCUGUCAUCUCGGGGACAGAGAAACUUGGGCAGGGCUCAUCCCCUCGCAGCAGCUCCAUGAGAGGAGAGUUGCACUGCAGCGACCUAAAGCCCUGUUCAAGCCUCGACGAGUCAAACCACCAGUCAUGGAGGAUGUCGACUACGGAGCUAUAACAGGGAUCCACAUUGCUGGUUUAAGGCGGAGUUUCCGACUCGGGAGAAAGAGCAGUUGGACCAGAGAAGCAGCGCGGUCCAGGAGGUGGAGCACAGGGGUGCAUGGCUCAUUUCGCCCCCCUACCUACAUAGAGGUGAUCCCCUACCACAGAGACCCUAAGGACAGACACCGACUGGUUGUUCUGGUUGGGCCCAGCGGCGUUGGCGUUAAUGAACUGAAGAGGAGGCUCCUGAUCUCCGACCCCGACCGCUAUGGCGUCACCGUACCGCACACCACACGUGAGAAGAGACGGCAGGAGAACGAAGGUGUGGAUUACCAUUUUGUGCCAGUUCACAUGUUUGAAGAGGAUAUUCUCAAUCAUAGGUUUGUAGAAUAUGGGAGAUACGGAGGACACUACUAUGGAACGAGUCUAGACUCUGUGCACAGAGUGAUGGCUGAAGGCAAGGUGUGCCUCCUUGAUGUGCACCCUAGUAAAAUAAAGCAUGUGUACACAUCUGAAUUCAAACCAUACGUGGUGUUCGUGAAGCCCCCGCGCAUCGAGGAGCUGCGCCUCACCAGGCGGAGAGCUAAAUUCAUCUGCGAUGAAGACGACAAGAACUCAGUCAGGAUCUUUUCAGAGGAGGAUUUCGAGGACAUGAUUAACUUGGCCGAAACCAUGGAGAGCCAGUGCGGUCACCUGUUUGACAAGGUGAUCGUUAAUGGAGACAUCGCCGUGGCGUUCAGGGAGCUGAGGGCCGACCUCGAGAAGGUGUUAGAGGCAGAAGUUCACUGGAUUCCCGCAGAGUGGAUCUGCUCCUCACCGAAGAAAGCACGGAGAAGCUGUGGUCAUUUGGACAGCUGGAUCUGAACUUUAAGCUCACAAAGAAACAAAGAAGAGCCUAAAAAUAAUGUCUGACUGACUGAUCCUAAGUCCUGCCCCUUUAAGUUACUGUAGCAAAGUCGGACAUGCUUGACAAACAAAAACAUGGCGAUGGCGGUUUUGUUUAGCUUGGUGCUGAAGUGCUAGUUUCUAGGCAUAAGGCAAUAUAGCUUCAAGAAGCAGACAGCAAGGACGAUGUGAUGGAGGGAUAUAUUCACCAUAUUAACGUUUAUAAACAUGGCAAAUUGUCGCAAAUUCCGGUUUCAAUGUAAAAGAAAUAAGAAGAGACAGAGGAUGAUGAGACUACCAGUCAACAUCAGGUGCGUUUACAUGGAGCUAAUGUUUCACAACCACCUCAAUUGGAAGAGACUGGCCCAGUUAGAUCGGACAAUUUGAUUGGCUUUUGGUUCUAGAGAGAGAGGGGGGUCCGUCUUUUGAUCUGCUUCGACACUCUGUGUCUACAUUAAAGUGUUGUUAUUAGCUCAAUGUCACAGUGGUUCACUCUAUGGUGAAGUAUAACAGGAAAUGAGAGAACCUGACUGAGGUUCUGCCGUGUUCCAAGCUUGCUCAAUUGUUACUGGAGCACACAGCGAAAAGGGGCGGGACUUGGGAAAGGCUAACUGUAUGUA